AUGGCAGAAUCAUCCAGUAAAAGUGAAGAACAUAUUGUUGAAGUCAAACCUGAAGAAAAGGAAGUGGAACCUACAAAGUAUUUUGGAAUUAGUCCAGAAGGCGAUUUUUUAGUUGAAUUAGUAAUAAAAAAUCUUGAUGAUUUAGAAUUCGAAUUUCAUAUGUAUCAUAUUCUAAAUUCGAAUAAUAAAGAUAGCUUAACAUUAGAAAACAACUCGGAACAAAAAGAUGGCUUAAAAUCAGAAUGUGAUUCAGAGCUAAAAGAUGACCAGGAAUUAUCAUACAGGAAACUUUCCAGCAUUCCUACCGCAUUUAAAUUUACUGAUAAACAACUAAAUAUGAAUAAGGAUGAAUAUGAAAACAUAUUUAGGUGGAUCGUCGCUGUGUCAGAUAAAUCAGCUAGUUCUUCAGAAUUUAGAUUAUUAGCAAUAUCUUGUGUCAGUACUAAAGACGUGCCAAAUUAUAAGGAAAUACACCCAACGGAAAUUCAUAAUAAUGGAUUUACUUUCGUUUUCAUUAUAAAUAUUAGUAAUAAUGAUUAUUCAAUUGAUUAUAUUGAUGAUAAGAAAUUACCAAAUAAAUAUGGCGGAAUAGUUAAAUUGUUUUCUAAAAAGGAUGAUGAACACUUACUUAUUCUCUUAACACUAUCAGGAAUCUAUAAGUAUCAAAUGAAGAACAAAUUUAUUAAUAAUGUACAAAAGCUAAAAUACCCAAAAAGAAUAUACAACGCCAUCAAAAAUAAUUUAAACUUGUUUGAUAUCAGUCAAAUAUUCAUAUAUAUCAACAUAAGCAUAAAUAAGCAUUAUUUUUUGGUUGAUACUAUGAAAGAAGACAUCAAAUACAUAGAACUUUACGAUUUAAAAACAAACCAAUUGGUAAAUACCUUUAUAAGACCAAUUUAUUGCAAAUCAGUUAUGAUAGAUUUUCCUAGAUGUUUCGCAGUAUCAGACAAUGGCAAAUUAUUAGCAUAUGAAUAUGAACCUAAUAGAGUAAUCAAAAUAUAUUCAAUCGAAUGCAGUCUUGAAAUAGCAGAGCUUGUUAUUACAGAUUCAGAAUUUAAUAGUGUUAGAGUUAUUGAUUUUUUUCACAAUGACGAGAUGUUACUUGUAUAUUCUUCGGAAAAUAAAUGGUCUAUCUGGAAUAUUUUCGGCUCAUUACGAGAUUCUAUUAAAUUAAAAGAUCCAGGAUUUAAAAUGGAACUUCUUUCUGAUUUUAAAUCGCUUUGGGAAAUGGACCGAUUAAAUUCAUUCAUAGUCUUUAAUAAGAGUGGCAACCCGAUUUUUUAUGAUGAUUUAAUUGUAGACAAACAUUUGAAAUAUUUAAAGAAAAGUGAUAAACAAGAUUGGAAGGAACUGUCAAAAGAUUAUUUCUCGAAACAAGGUCUAGAUAAAAAUAUCCGAGAUCUUCAUGAUAAAGAAUCAGAAUUAGAUGAAGAUAAUUAUAUGCUUGAACCUUGGUCACUUAACGAUAAUUUAAAGGCUCCACUAUAUUCGUUUUAUCUUGAUGAAAAAAAAGAAAAAAUACUUUCAAUUGGAUACCAUACAAUUCAAGUUUGGUACAAUAAAGGAACAAAAAAAGGUGCUAAAAAAAGAAUUCUUGAAUUAAUUUGCACACCUUUAUAUCACUUAUUUCCCCAAACGUCAGACAUGUUACUCUUAACUUUAUUUGAAAUGAGAACAAAAAUAGAAGUAAAUAGUAUCAAGUAUUGCAUCGGAAAAUUCAAACUUAGUAUUCAAGUUGAAGGAAAUGAUUAUCAAAUUAAAAUAGAAGACAAAGAUGACGUUAUAAAUUCAGUAAAAUAUGCUUGCUAUGCACUAAAAUAUUUGUAUGUUUAUAAAAAAUUUGAACAGUUUUAUGAUAACGAUACUGAACAAAAACUAUAUAAUGUGAUUGACCAAACACGAAACAUAAUCUUGAGAUUUAUUAGAUUGUAUCCAACUGUGUGGCGAUUAUUAGAUAUUCGGUUUGAUUUGUUGAAUAUUCUUAUUGAAAUUGGAGACUAUGAACUUGUAAAUGACGUUUUAUCAUUUGGGGAAUCGAUUCAUAUACCGCAAUAUUCAUCUUGGUCAGGUGGAAUAAAUACUAUUCGUACUGCUCUUUCGGAUCAAACUAUGCUAGCGUGCUUAUUAGAAUAUUAUUCUAAUAAAGCAGUUCAUAAUAUUGGAUGGAUGAAUACAGUUGUAGACAUUAUACCGGAAUUAUAUAAGAGUAAUGAAGAUAAGAAGAAUGAAAAAGAAUCUUAUUCAUAUUAUUAUGCUCAAAAAUUAUUUUAUAAUCCCUGCUUUUGUAACAAACAAAUGGAUUUAUUAUCUUUCGAAUUUCUUGAAAUUAUUCCAAAGUCAAAUGGCUUAUUAAAAGUUUUUAUACCAAUAACGCAAUUAGUUCCACAAGAUUCCGAGUUGGAUCUACGGGAGAUUGAUUAUAAUAAAAUUGUUGAUAUUCGAAUGGUACCUUUAGCAGAUUUUACAACGAACAAAAGAAUAUUGGAUAUAAAAGAAAGAAAACUUACAGAUUUUCUAAAGAUAUUAAUUUCUCCUGGUCAAUAUUCAACACUUAAAGAGGAGGAUUACAGUCCAUUUAUUAAGCUCGUAAUAAAAGGUGAACGCGAUAUUUUAUAUGAAAAUCCAUCAAUAGGUUUUCCCUCUUAUAUUGGGUUAUAUGAAUCUUCAUCAACAUAUAAUCCAUUUUCAAAUAUUCUUGAUUCUAUACUUGCAGUAUAUGAUUGGUCUUCAAUUUCUUUUGAUAUUUGGAGUUUUUGGCCACUUACUGUAAUUAGUGUAGUUGGUAGUUUUAUGUUUGUGAUAAUAUUACAAAAUGUAAUAAUUUCAUUUAUGAGUGAUGCUUUUUCUGAUGCAGUCAAAGAUAGUAAACGUGGUGUAUAUCGUUUUCAACUUGAUCUAAUUUAUGACUUCGCUCUACUUGAAAAAUCAUUAGAAUUUAAUGAUUUGGAUUCCAAGUUUAAGGAUAAAAUAAGAGUAAAGUAUAUCUGUUUUUAUGAUGAUCCAAAUAUUACAAAAUCUUGGAAAGAAACAUCAGAUAAAAUGAAAUUAAAACCAUAUUCUAAAAUUGAAACCUUAAAGAAGAGUGGAUUUGAAUCUUGGUUAGUUGAAGAUUGUGAAUUUAUUUGGGGAAAUGAAAAAGAAGUUAUAGAUGAUAAAGAAAAAAAAAUUGUAGAUAACAAAGAUAUUAAAUAUUGGUUCUUUGAAGAUUGA